AUGACAAACAUGAAGCCUAUUACCGUCUGGAUAACCCCUUCCGGUCCCAACCCAUGGAAGGUCAUCGUCAUCCUCGAAGAACUCAACAUCCCCUACAAAAUCAACUCCUUCGGCUUCGAAGACGUCAAGAAACCCCCCUUCAUCAACAUUAACCCCAAUGGCCGUGUACCGGCAAUCCAAGACCCCAACACUCCCGAUAAUCAACCCUUCACCCUCUGGGAAUCCGGCGCCAUAAUCCAAUACCUAAUCGACCUCUACGACCCGACCCACAAACUCUCCUUCCCACCAACCAACAUCCCCGAGAAACAUCUUCUAAACCAAUAUCUCCAGUUCCAAAUGAGUGGACAAGGACCGUAUUAUGGGCAAUGUGGAUGGUUCUCCGUCCUCUCCCCCGAAAAACUCCCCACCGCAAUAACCCGCUACCAGACCGAAGUGCACAGAGUCCUAUCGGUGCUCAACACCAUCCUUGUGGGGAAAACGUGGCUAGUUGGUGAAAAAUGCACGUACGCGGACUUGGCUUUCCUGCCGUGGAAUUGUCAGUUGGGGAUGUUGAUUCCGUCCCAUGAUGAUGAUGAUCAGGAUAUUCUGGGCCCGUAUCCGUGGGUCAAGGCGUGGCAGGAGCGGAUGGAGGCGAGGGAGUCGUGGAAGAGGGCGAUGGUGUUGAGGGAGAAGUUGAUGGCGGAGCAGGGGUUGGGGGUUAAUGGGAUGCCGGUGGGGGUGAGGGAUAUUGGGGAGUAUGAGGAGGUUAUCAGGAGGAAGAAAGAGGGGGAGAUGAUGAUGAAGAAGGGGGAAAGGGUGGAUGAGGGGGAGGGGGUGUUGGGGUGUGUUGGUGUUGGGGGUCAGAGCAUCAGGAAGUGUCAGGAACAAGGGAAACAGGGUGAGGAAGAGGACAAGGAAGAGGAGGAGAGGUGGGAUGAGCAGACAGGGGUGAUGGGGUGUGUUGGCGUUGGGAGUAUAGGGAAGUAUCAGGAGAAGGAAGCGAGACAGGAAGAGAAAGAGAAAGAGGAAGACGACAGAUGGGAUGAAGACAUGGGAGUGCCGGGAUGCAUAGGGGUGGGGAACCCAGGAGUAUAUCAGACGAAACCAUCGAAACAAGAGGGAAAGGAAGACGAAAGAUGGGACGAGGAGACCGGAGUGCUAGGGUGUUCUAAACUCGGUGUCUAA